AUGGCUGACGAAGGGAAGAUUGGCACGCCUACCAAGACGUCGGGAGGAGGAAACUCGAAUCCUGAAUCCCCGACAACGGCACGGCCACUAGACUUUGAUGAUGAACCUCAAGAGAUCGGUGUCACCUCUACGGAAACAGAAGUUCCCCCGCCCAAGCCUCCUCGUCCGUUAACUCCGCGGCAGCAAGCGGAGAACACGCUCAAAGAAGCGUUUCCUACUGUAGAUGCGGCGGUAAUUAAGGCAGUCUUGACAGCUAGUGACUACAAUAUCGAACGAUCUUUCCAUGCACUGCUUGGCAUGACGGAUCCCAAAGCGCAGGAAGAUCUCCCGCCACCCAAACCACCGCGGCCGUCAUAUCCAGCUACAUCUACGACACAGAAACAACUGGAAGAGGAUGAGAGUGCGUCCGCGCGUCGCGGAGAAGGGACUUGGAGAGGCUCAAGGCCAAGACAAGAUGACUAUGAGGAGGAACGAGAGUACAAUUUCUUCGAGGAUGACUUACCGGUAAUCCGCGAGAAUAUCCGCAAGGGCUUCUUGGAGACCCAGUCGAAAGUGAACGCUUGGGUGCAGAAUUUCAAGAAGAAACUCGAAGGCGACGAUGAUGAGCCUCGUUCCUCGGGAGGCUACGGUCAAGGAUAUGGAGAGGGCUACAACCGACCCAGGCGCAGCGGCGACUCAGCCCGUCGCAGCGGUGACCGUGAACGGUAUGAUGCUGAUCCUCAGGUUCUGAGCGAUGACUUCUCUGCUUUGGAGUUAAGAGACGCAGAAGCUGCUCCACCUCGUCCCACGCGUCCGCUCGCGAACCCCAAUCUCUACCGGACAUCUGCAUCUUCUCAAGAACGGAGAAAGGUGGCCUUCCAGCAAGGCCCACCGGAAGAAAUUGAUAAUCUGUACGACGCUCCGGAGUCAACGAAACGCACACCAUCGACCGGAGGCAAGUCGAGCAAAUGGCAGCCUCUGUCUACGGUGGAACCGUCCCCUGUGGGGGACAAUGAUCCCUUCAGCCUCGGCGAUAGCGAAGAUGAGGGAGAUUUCAAGAAGAAGGAUCUCGGUGUAGAUGAGACGGAUCAUGCAAAGAAAGCCACGUCGGCCUCAGACCUCGGAUCCAGCUCAAAGGAUGACAGUAAAGCCGGAGACAAGGCUGCAGGGAAAUAA